AUGGCCCAAUCAAUUACAACAAGUCUGAUGGCAUGUCUGCUUCUUUUUUCGGCUGGAGUGGAUAGCCACACGCUUAUGCAGAAUCCCAUUCCUUUUCCAAGUCAACUCCGGGACAAUGGACCAGUUGCCAACGAUGGCUCAGACUGGCCAUGUAAGGGCGAAGUGGAUUACGAUUGGUCCGGCGUAUCCAACAUCUGGGAAAGAGGCUCAAAGCAAUACUUGCAGGCCAUGGGAGGCGCUUCCCACGGCGGCGGCUCGUGUCAAAUCUCAGUAACUCGGGAUCUCAAGCCCACAAGGAAGAGCCAAUGGAGAGUCAUCAACUCCAUCGAGGGCGGCUGCCCGAUCCGGAAUCUCACCGAGGUCAACUACGGAGACUCGCCCACGGUCGUGCUGCCCAGCCUCUACAACUUCACCGUCCCGGACUGGUUGCCCGUGGGACCGGCCGUCAUGGCAUGGACCUGGUACGGUCGCUGGAGCGUCCCGGAAAUGUUUAUGAACUGCGCUCCGAUAGUGGUUCUGGGACAGGAGACGAACGUAGACGUCCCCGAAGAGGAGCGGGCGGCAAAAUUUGACCAGGCGCCCCUCGUGUUCGAGGCGAAUAACGGCAACGGCUGCUGGACCCAGAAUAAGGGCAGCUGCGUGAAAUUCCCCUACCCGGGCGAGUCUCUCGUGGUUAACGAGGAAUGUCCUCUGUAUGAGAAGACAAUGUUUACAGGAAUGUGCGGACCUGGAAGGAGUCUGGGUAACCUCUGGAGUUGGCCGUCAAAAUGGGCCGUUCUCUGUGGCAGUGCUGUUGCUGUUGCUUUUGUUUUCGGGGCUAUGCGGGUUGCCAGGACUUGGCGCGGAAGGCAGAAGUACGGGCAUCGCAAGCUUGCAACUGACGAUGUCUAA